AUGUCAUCAAAACACAUACUAAGAGUGGUUCCACUCUUAGAGCGAUUGUCUUUAAUCCGUUUCGCCAACGAGUCCGGAGUCACUCGACUCCAAGAGGCCAUCGAGUUUGCCGACCAAUUGCUUGAUGUGAAUGUCGAUGGCGUAGAGCCCAUGAUAUCACCGAAUGAGACCAAAUGCACGCUCUUGAGGCAUGACAUCGCACACCACACCACCAAAGAAGAUAUCACUCAAAACGCCAAACAUUUGGUUGAGGGAUACUUCGUGGCACCCAAUCAGUGA